AUGGCCAAGAAGACACAGGCUCAAAAGCCAGUUCAGGCUCCAAGAAAGAGAAAGAUCGAAGAAGAAGCUCCAGAAAGCAGUAGUAGUGAAGAAGAAGAAUUAGAUCAAGAUGAUGAACUUAAUGUUAGUGGUUUAAUUGAUGCUGAAGCCAGUGAGGAUGAUGAUGAUGAUGAAGAAGAAGAAGACGAUGAAGAGGAAGAAGUCGAAGAAAAAGAAGACUCAGAUGAAGAGUACAACAAACUACUCGGUGAAGAAGGCGAAGCCAGUGAUAUUGAAUCUUUGGAAUUUGAUGAAGAACCAAAAGAUAGUGAAUCAAUCACAGAUAAACUUAACAAUGUCCGUAUUCGCUCAUUAUCAGACGCUUCAGAAGGUAAUGGAGAUGGAAAAGAAACCACGUACAUUGAUGGAACUCCUCGUAUAAUCAAGCCAGAAAUUGAUCCAGUUUAUGAUUCAGAUGAUAGUGAUGUUGAAAAUUUCAACACCAUUGGUAAUAUCCCAUUAAGUGCUUAUGAAGAAAUGCCUCAUAUUGGUUAUGAUAUAAAUGGUAAAAGAAUCAUGAGACCUGCUAGAGGUUCUGCUUUAGAACAAUUAUUAGAAUCUAUUGAUUUACCUGAAGGUUGGACUGGUUUAUUAGAUUCAAACACUGGUGGUAAUUUAAAUUUGACUAAAGAAGAAAUUGAUUUGAUUAACAAAUUAGAAAAUAAUCAAAGCACAGAUGAUAGUAUUAAUCCAUACCAACCUACAAUUGAAUGGUUCACUUCAGAACAAGAAGUCAUGCCUUUAACUGCUGUUCCUGAACCAAAAAGAAGAUUCGUUCCAUCAAAACAUGAAGCUAAAAGAGUGAUGAAAAUUGUUCGUGCUAUUAGGGAAGGUCGUAUUGUUUUGAACAAACCUGAAAAGAGUGAAGAAGAAGAAUAUAGUUAUGAUUUAUGGGGUGAUAAUAAUUUAGAAAAUAAUGAUCAUGUUAUGACUUUAAGAGCUCCAAAAGUUGCACCACCAACGAAUGAAGAAAGUUAUAAUCCACCAGAAGAAUAUUUAUUAACACCAGAAGAAUUAGAAAAAUUCAAUGAAACUGAACCACAAGAUCGUGAAAGAAAUUUUGUUCCGAAGAAAUAUGGUUCAUUAAGAAAAGUCCCAGGUUAUGAAGAAAGUAUAAGAGAAAGAUUCGAAAGAUCAUUAGAUUUAUACUUGGCUCCAAGAGUUCGUCAUAAUAAAUUAAACAUUGAUCCAGAAAGUUUAGUUCCAGAUUUACCAUCUCCAAAGGAUUUGAGACCUUUCCCAAUACGUUGUUCUACUCAAUAUAUUGGUCAUAAAGGUAAGAUUAGAAGCUUAUCAAUUGAUCCAACUGGUUUAUGGUUAGCUACUGGUGGUGAUGAUGGUACUGUUAAGAUUUGGGAAGUUUUAACUGGUCGUGAAGUUUAUUCUAUUGAAGUUGUUGCUAAAGAUAAUGAAGAUGAUAAAGUUGAAAAUGUCGAAUGGAAUCCAGACUCAGCUACUGGUAUUUUAGCAGUUACAGCUGGUGAAUUCAUUCAUUUAAUUUCACCACCAAUCUUUGGAUUUGAUGUUGAAAAUGCAGGUAGAUUAAAAUUAGAGGCUGGUUUUGGUUACAAUAAAUUCGGUAACGUUAAAAAGACAGAUAUCAAUGUCAAUGAUGAUUCAGACGUUGAAGAAGAAGAAAAUUCUGCUAAUAAGAAACAAUAUGCAAGAUGGAUUAAACCAAGUGAAGAAUUAGUUUCACAAGGUGUUGUAUUAACAAUUGUUUGUCGUAAAAACAUCAAAUCAUUAGCAUGGCAUAGAAAAGGUGAUUACUUUGUCAGUGUUUCACCAGAUUCAGGUAAUACAUCAGUGUUGAUCCAUCAAAUUUCUAAACAUUCAUCACAAUCACCAUUCAAGAAAUCAAAAGGUAUAAUAAUGGAUGUUAAAUUCCACCCAUUUAAACCACAAAUUUAUGUCUGUUCUCAACGUUAUAUCCGUGUUUAUGAUUUAGCACAACAAGUUUUAAUUAAAAAAUUAUUACCAGGUGCUAGAUGGUUAUCCAAGAUUGAUAUUCAUCCAAGAGGUGAUCAUUUAUUAGCCUCAUCUUUCGAUAAGAGAGUUCUAUGGCAUGAUUUAGAUUUACAAUCUACUCCAUACAAAACAUUAAGAUAUCAUGAAAAAGCUGUCAGAUCUAUCAAAUACCAUAAAGGUGGUUUACCAUUAUUUGCAUCUGCGAGUGAUGAUGGAUUUAUUCAUGUUUUCCAUGGUACAGUUUACGAUGAUUUAAUGACCAAUCCAUUAUUAGUUCCAUUGAAGAAAUUGAGUGGACAUAAAGUUGUAAAUAGUUUAGGUGUCUUAGAUAUCGUUUGGCAUCCAAAAGAAGCUUGGUUAUUCAGUAGUGGUGCAGAUGGUGUUGCAAGAUUGUGGACAACUUAG